GGGUUUCUAGGCCUUCCCAUCUAUAUAUUGCGGGUGACUGCACAUUUCGAAUCGUUUCCUCAUCCUGCAUUUCGAAUCCUAGACACCUCAUCCCAUCCUUUCAGAAGAACGUGAUUUACCUUGGCCUUCAAACAAAAGUACACAAUGGUUUCGUUCACUACUGUUGUCACCGCCGGUCUUCUGGCUUCCUCCAGCCUGGCUCUUCCUCACGCCCAUCAGAAGUUCCACCAGAAGCGCUCCUCCUCCUCCAGCAAGCGUGGUGCGGCCUACAAUGAUGCCUCCCUCGUCUCUACCUUGACCAGCACCGGCACCGUCAGCUGGGCCUACGACUGGAACGACGCCAACGAUGGAACUCUCCCGUCGGGUAUCGAAUACGUCCCGAUGCUGUGGGGCUCCAAGAUGUUUGAUGGCUGGAGUUCGGCUGUCGAGACCGCACUCUCCAGCGGCAGCUCGUACAUUCUCGGAUUCAACGAGCCCGAUAUGACUUCCCAGGCUGACAUGAGCGCCUCCGAUGCUGCCACUUACUACAAGCAGUACAUCACUCCUUAUGCUGACCGGGCUAGCCUGGUGACUCCGGCCGUCACCAGCAGCACCGACUCUGGCAUGGGGCUUGAGUGGAUGGCCAGCUUCCUGGAGGCUUGCACCGACUGCAACGCCACCGCCAUGGCUGUUCACUGGUACGGCGAGGCAGCCAGCGACUUCAAGUCCUUUGUCGAGCAGGCGAUUGAAACCGCCUCCAAUUACAGCAUCUCCUCCGUCUGGAUCACCGAGUUCGGCCUGUCCAGUGGUACCGACAGCGAGGCUGCUUCUUUCAUUGAGGAGGUCGUCCCCUGGCUUGACUCCCAGUCCGCCGUUGGCCGUUACGCCUACUUCUACUGCGCUGACGGAUACCUCUGCUUCUUCCUCCUCCGCCUAGAUGGACAGAGAACUAGGAAUUUUUUUUUGUUUCAUUUCUUGGAUUUAUUAGAUAUACCUUUUCCUUAUCCCUGCAUGUGGUGGUAUACGACCACAUGACAAUCUUUAUACCAAGCUUUCUUUUAGAUAUAAGAUACCAAAAGUUAUUGAAAAUUGACCAAUUGAGCUGUUCAGAUGGCUGAUUUCUAGUUAAUGGUAUGGUUCAAUUGCUGUAGACAAUGCUUUAGCAUUUUAUAUGUUUCUUUGUUUAUCGGUUUUACUGGCUUUCUUUAUUCCUAUUACUAUAUUAUUGGCAUCAAUUCUCCGUUCGUUGGCGACCCUCGAACAAAAUUCAACAACAAAGAGAAAAAUAUGCAUCUUGCCACCAGGAAAUACCAAUAUCUAGUACUUGAGUUUGAUUUGUAAAGUUUAAUGAAAUCACAGUGAUACUCAUUAUUAUUAUGGAUUAGUAAGAAGG